UAAGAAAGUAGAGCUCUUAGAUAACCGCCAAAUUAUUCACCAUAAGCCAAGCUAACUAACUUAAAAUUGCCAAGUUCCAGAAAACAAAAAGACUAGUUAGUCAAUUGCCUGAAACGCUCGCUGCAGUGUGGCCAGCUGUUUUUAUUGAGUUUACCCGGCGUGUGGGCGGUGCUGCAUAACAUGCACAGGUACUUGCUGAAUAUUUCCUACAUUGGAACGACUUUUCGUGGCAUUCAAAAGACCAUAAACAAGUCUGAGCCGGCGCGGCUGGACACCAACACCAUUCAGGGCUGCUUGGAGCUGGCCCUGCGAGUCUUCCGUCCCGCAAACGAGAUACAGACGGUGCUCUCCAGUCGCACAGACGCGGGUGUCCAUGCCCUGCACUCAACGGUGCACGUUGACCUUGAGCGGCGUGAUGGCCAGCCAUACGACACCAGUGCACUGACCGGUGUGCUCAACCGGACGCUCGACAAGCAGCGCCUUCCAAUCCGCGUGCUCAGCAGCCGGUUGGUGGACGACUCCUUCCACUGUCGGUAUCACGCCACCGGACGCACAUACCUGUACCGCAUUGCCGUGGCCAAGGCUCCGCCCGCGGCGGAUGACAGUGGCAAGCUGCGAAACCGGGGAUACGAGGCCUAUAUACCUGUGGAGGAGAUCGAUCGCUGUUACUUCCUGCAGAGCCAAAACCCGAGCUUCGAUAUUGAACGAGUCCGGUCGGGGGCUCGGAUGUUCAUCGGUGUCCAUGACUUUCGCACCUUUAUGAGCGUCAGCCGCCAGAAGGGCCCCACCCGCGACCAUCCCAUGUUCACCCUGCGCAAAAUCGACGAGAUCAAUAUACUUGCCGGCCGAUCUCUGGCCCUCGCUUCGAACGCCACGCUGGCCACCGAAACCUACGACUACUGGGACAUCGAGAUCAAGGCCAAGUCCUUCCUGUACAAGCAAGUGCGUCGCAUCGUGGGCACUCUGAUAGCCCUGGGCAGCGGGCGAAUCAACGAGAAGGACAUCUACCAGAUGCUGACCAUUCCCUCGAAGAACUCGUGGGACCAUCGCAUACACCUGGCGCCGGCCUGCGGGCUCUACCUGUGCAGAGUCCACUAUCGCGAGGAAGCCAACAACUAG